CAUCGACACUCAGACAGUAAACGUGUUUCGAGACCCUCACGCUCACCUUCAGCUGCUACCGGAUAUAAUUGGAGCCACAACUUUCUCUCUCAUUGACUGAUAGGAUUGAGAUGUUACAUUUUAGGUCCUCGAAAGUGCUGAAGGAGUUGUUUGAAGCCACCCUCAAGCGUCCCUCGUCCGACUGUAGACAGAAGACCUGGUUGCCAGCCCGCCGCCGCUUCCUCGGCACCGCCUCCGUUGAUGCAAGAUCUCUGUCUACUCAACUGAAGCGCCUCCAUGCCGCUGCUGCGCAUCGCCCGGCUCUCCGCACCGCGCCCUUCGCCGCCCCGUUCCGCUCGUACUGCGCGAAAACUGAAGGCGCCGUUGAGCUGGACGAACAGCUGAAGAAGGAUGGAGUCAGCAGUGAAUCAAGCAGCGACAAGUAUGUUUCAGGUUGUUUCUUGUUGAGUGAAGCGUCUGACCGCGCGGUAUGAAGGUAGGCUGGCGGUCAUGACGCAGGCAGGCAGGCAGGCAGGCAGGCGCGAGCGGAUGUAACGCUUUUCUUCAAUUGCCACAAACGCUGAAUUUCAACUGCAUAACGUAUCUAUCAGUAAUAAGCAUAUUAAACGCAAUGAAACUGUAAAAAUUGAUUCAAAUUUGUUAAAAUACUUUCUUAUAUAUACAAUUCAAUGAUAGGAAUGAAGGUAACUUGCCAACUACGGUGCUUUUUGAGUAGUAAGUCAGCCGUAAAACCAUACUUGGGAGUUUUCAUACCGGUGUUGGCUGUCUUGGUUGUGGUACUAUGGUCUAUGUGUACUUUUUUAAUCCUGAAUAUAACUUAACUAAAGGGAAAUGGGAUUUUUAGUUGACCUCCACUAGUUUUGUUCUGCUAUCUGUCGAUACAACACGCAGCAUGUGGUUCAAGUGAAAGUGAAGUAGUGAUAACGGCAGAGGUCAGGGUGGGGGGUAAAGUCAAGGACUAAACACUCAUUUAAGGUAAUGAACUGGCAGAGAGUGUAAACUUAAUUUCUUUAUCUGCCCACUGACUCAAAAUAAAGUCAAUACUAGCCCAUUCUCAUUCUCAUACUCAUUGUAGAUCAGUCCUCAGAAGAUGUGGGGCUUCUAGUAAUUUCUAUUAUGCCCUCCCACUGUCACCCUGAAGUGGCAGCUCCAGACUACUGACUGUCUGUGCCCUACAGCUGAGCAGCAGAAUAGUUUUAGCUUUCUGGUGUCUAUAACUGCUUGAAUACUACUUACUUAUAUACAAACUUUUGCAAAAUCAUCCAUCGUAACCAAUUCCAGUACAAAAAUAGGUUGAUAGUUGCAAUCUUAACUGCAGUUAGUCUUUUCCAGGUUAAAACUAUUUGAGAAAACACCAACUCAUCAUGAUGGUGCAUGAUUCAUCAGGCUGAUAUCUGCAGAAGGAUAAAUCACUCUGCUUGUAUUCAGAUUGAGCCUGAUACCACUGGACUGGAUCUGAAAAGUGCUGAAGGCCCAGGUUACAGGAUGUGAAGCUCCAGCAUUAGGAAAUAGCUGAGAGUAGAUAUCUGGCAUUAGUCUGAUGUGUCAGGGGGUUCAUGACGAACUUUUGGCUUACGGUUUGCAGCUGCAUUCAUGAAUACAGUGAGAGUCUUUUUUUGGCUGAGGUGAAUCCUCUGAAGAUGUGAUGGUACACAUUCAAAUUCUCAGGACGACACGAGCCUUGAAACAUUGUUUGCAAUGGCUUGUGAUUCAUACUUUGUGAGUGAGUCAGCAGCACGUGAUUGGAUGCCAUACCCACCAGCUUGAUGACAAUGACUCACAAGAUAAACCUCAGCAAGGAAUGUGGUUUAUGAAUUAUAUCCUAUCCCGUGGAUUAGGAAACAAAGACUCUCUUAUCUUUGCUUGUUCCUUUAUUUGGAAAUCAAGGUCAAUAUUUACAUUUUACACAAACUAUUCAACUGAGAAGUGAGGUUAGGCACUGCAUGAAUCAGAAAAGGCCAAACCAGUGGAGUUGCGGCUUUUCCAUCUCCCAGGAGAUGCUCUGCUAGUUUGCCGUAAUGAAGGCCUUGCAGAUUUGUUGUACUGGGAGAGUUUUCUUGGUUUAUAAUGUUCCACCCAAAGCAAUUUGUGGAAUCAGUUGCAUCUACAGAAAAAGGAGUUGGCUCAGAUUAAGAUAUGAAAAGCUGACAGAUGGCUGAAGUGAUACACACUGGCAAAACAGAAAGUGAGAGGUAUGAUUUAGUAAACUUUAGCACACUACACUGCACUGGUGUGACAAAAGGUACCUCACUUCACUGAAUAAAGGAACUGGCUUUAGGUUUUCACUUUGAAAAUUUAAAUCUCUUUCCACAUCUUUUUGAGUUUUGCAAAUUCAUUUCUUAAGCUUCAAAGUAACUAGGCCACAUGCUCUUAUUUAUGAGCUGACGUGUCCAGAACAUGAUCAUGAGGUUUUGAAGGCCCACAAUUCAGACAGGCAACAGUAUUCAAUAGUCAUUUCCUGUUUCUAGUUUUGGGGUUUUCCUCUAUGGCUCCGGUGCCUUAGGUGACAAUCGGAGAGAGAUUUAGGAAGUGAGAAUUCAGGACAAAUUAUGACCCUUUCUUUUAGCCCAUAGUCACCAAAGCAAAAAUAGGACCUGUUUCCUUCCCUGUUCAUUCCGGUUAAUAAAUUUGUACUUCUCAUAAAUAUGUGUAUGACAAAAUUAUCUCAGUUUAAGACUUAUCUGGCAGCACAGGUCUACGCACUUUCUCUCUCUAGAUCCUUGAGACGAUAUCUCUCCCCUCUGUUGGUGCCAAACUCUGAUACAAACUCCUUUUUGAUGCCUUCCUGCUUGACCGCUGGAAUUAAGGGGGGAUUAAAAACUCUGAACAAAUAAUCAAAUACCUUCUGUCAGUUAUAUCACAGAGCUGCAACUCGUCCAUCGCGAAAUAGAACAGCUCAGUAUUGACCCUGUUUCCAGGAAACUCUGAAAGUGUUCUGCUUACACCCCUGAGCAGCCAUCCUAACUAAUGCAAAUGGACUGAGCCAUCUGCCUGAGAGCGGGAUGAAGGUUUUUAACCGAGCAAAUGUAGAAAAUCGAGGUGUUUCAGGUUGUAGUCACCUGAUAUGUUUGCACAGUUUAAGCCCACCCUCGUUUGUUUGCUCAUUCACUUCACUUUACAUGAACUGGCGACCACUGAGAAGAUGGCGCAGACCAACCUGAGGGUAUUAAAUCGCUCGUGGUCAUCUAGCAGGAUUCUAGCAGGUGACAGCGAGGCAGGGCUGGGCUUUUUGUGGUUAGGUGAAAAAUAAGAGAUGUGAAAAACCAUUUGACUCUGAAUUACUCUGAGCAAAACUAAACUAAUGCAGCAACUGAGAAACUGACACUACACUUCUUUUUUACAUAAAGAGGGAUUUCAACAAGCAGAUGAAUAUCAACAAAGCUUUAAUUCUUUAAAACCAGAAUCAAAAUCUUCUGAUAGAACGGCCAAAUCCAGCGUCUUCUGUUAAUUAAAUCUCGCCACGCUUUGUUAUGCAAAUGGAAAUCUGUUUAAAAUUUCACACCAUCUGCUUGUGAUCGUUUUGUUUAAUUCAAAAUGUGCCACUGACACUAUCAACACAGAUCCUCACUGCAGGAGAAGACUCGACACGAUCGCUUUUACAGGCAGGGAAGGAGUCUUCCUGGAGACUAAUCCAUUCAUGUGGAUGUGUAAAAUUGGAGAAGUGUGCCUUUAAGUGGUUAAAUACCUCCCAAUUUACCCUCGUGUUUCCUGCACUUGCUGCACAAAGCGGCGGCCACGUGGGCUUCUCAGCAGAGCACUCAAGAAACACAAACACACCGAAGAGAGUGUUGGUGGUUAAUGAGCUUUUCAUAACCUUGGAAAAUUUCUCAGCCCCUCUGUUGCGGGUUGAAAUGCUCAUUAAGUGUGGCUGUGCAGACAUCUUUAAGUUUCUUCUGUCUGAGUCAUUAUGUAAUCUAAAAAAAACUCCUACUGUCGUAUACGAUGUCACUGUCAGAGAGGAUUCAUCUUUGUACACCUGCUCACCUGCACUCUCAUCCUGACUGUGUUCACUGCUGUGUGGACGAGCUGUUGUAGGGACAGAUGUCGGGUCAAUAACACUCCCUUUGAAUUAGACAUGCAUGACAGCCAGCAUUUUAGUCAAUCUUGGUUUGUUUGCACAUGUUGAGGCGCAGUUACCUGGGCUGUAUGUGGAGUGUUUACUUUGUGCAGAGCAGGAGAUGAGACAAAGAGAAACGAGAGGGUGGGGAGGAGGUGCAGACUGGACACUGGAAUUUCAGAUGUAGUCAUGUAGUCGGUACAGCACAGUUAUCGCCUCAGCUUCAGAUUUAAACAUGUAUUACAUCUUUAGUGCGAUACCUGAUCUUUGGGAAUAGCAUCACUGACUCAGGUGUUAGGCCACCAGUAGCUUGUUUCUGUUCUGAUCUGAGUUUGCUCCUUUGCAGACUAUGCUUCUGUACCAUGGGCAGCGUGUGAACACGGCACAAUGUUGGCUUUAUUAAUCCAAGAGCCACAGAGAGCUGGUCAGACAGCUAUAGCCGGGUGAAUUCCUGGAAUUUAGACCCAGUCCAGCUCUGCUCCAGACACUCUUUGAAAACCAUUGUCUGGUUUUGCUCUUGAGUCUGUCUGAUUUGAGAUUAGCACCAGUAUCAGUUUUAGAGAGAGAAAGUAUUUUGCACAUUUCUGAUAAGGGGGCUGCUCAGACUGAAACAUAAGAAUGCCUCUCUACAUGAAUAUACAUGUCUAAACUCUAGCUGGAACACUGAAGUUCACCAAAAAGCCACUUCUGGAUGUGCCAGAAACUUCCCUGAAAGCUUUCACAAACCAUGAACGGGCUUUCCACUGCCUCCACAAUUUAACAUUUUGUAAAUCUAGUGUACAAAUGUCUAAAUACAGAAAUCCCUUUGUUUUUGUUAACUUAGAUUAGUCCGCCAAGUCUCCAAAGUAGUGAGCUGCACAGCACAGUAUGGACAUGCCAGGAGCAAGAACCACAUACGUGUUUUGUAGUUAGUGGUUGGCAGCCUGAAGAGAAGAAGAAAGUAGUCGUGUGCAGAAGAAUUAGUACUGAAUGAGGUUUUUGAUGGUAAAAAUUUGACAUGGAGGAUCAGAUUUAUUAUGGAUCACAGCAGUUUGUCGUCCUCAAAAGCCCCUGAAAGCACAGAGUCCAAAUAAUGUUCAAAACUUCCUUCCUCAACCGAACAGCAGAGCCACUCCUCUCCCAGUGGACAUUAUGCAAAACACUAUGAACACUAAAAAUAAUACAGGAAUGGAGGCUGUGACGCAGCCUGAAUUUCUUUCUGCAGAAUAACAAUGUUUGGCAUCGUGUGUCCCGCUGACAGUGUUAAUCUGAACUCUAAAAUUUGCUUUCUAUUAUAGUUAGUAUUUCCUAAUCCCCAUUUUUGGUUCUGGUUUAUCUUUGGCUGCAUGAUUUUUCAGAGCAACCCUUUAAGGAGCACUGUCAAGAAGAAAUUUGAGGUUUUAAUACAAGUAACCGCUUCAAACACUCCUAUCCACAGACACAGUCAUACAGAUAUCUGGCUUCUGGUCACUCUACUAUUUCAAUCUUUCAUUAAGUGUUGUUGAAAUCCCUCUCUAAUGUGUUAAGGCUGUGCAAACAGCUCCGGAUAAGCUCUGUUUACACUGGCAGGACAGGUGGAAAUCUUUCUUUCAUGGCUUGUGCCAAAUCAACCACUCAUGCCAACAUAACUGUGUACUUAUCAUUCUUUUCUCAAUAUGUGUACUCUAGAAAUGCCAAAUUGUGAUUUUUUCUGGGUACUUUCCUGUCUGUUGAAGUGUCUUAUGCAUUGUUUCUGUGUCUGACCUAGAAGAAGAAAAGCUGGAAUUCUCCCCAGUUUGGAGGACUUGCUCUUCUACACAGUCGCAGAAGGUCAAGAGACAAUUCCUGCUCACAAAUUCCUCACGGUGAGUACUUUUAUUUUAUUUCCACCUGGUGGUUCUUUGUCUGUUUACUUUGGUUUGAUUCCUUUUUAAACUGUUUUUAAUCAGAUUUAUUUAAAUCAACUUUAACAGGCGCUUAAAGCCACUGGGCUUCGCUCAGGAGACCCCAGGCUGAAGGAGUGUAUGGACACCCUUAAAGAAACUCUGAAGAACACACCAGAUGGCGUUACGCUGGACAGGCACCUCUUCAAAAAGUAAAGCUCACCAUGACUCAUCUUGUUUUCUCUCCAUCAUAUGCACCAAUCAUGAGUGCUAUUUUCAUCUUGUUUACAAAAAACCGUUUCUCUUUUCAAACCUGAAAAGCAUUUCGUACACGACGCUGAUGACCAUAUUUUCACUGCAAAUUCAAACAGUCUGAGCUGUUUGAAUUUGAGUGCUGCAUUAAUGCAAAAAUAUGAGCAUCAAAGAGGACUUCAACAGCAGUUAUGUUUAAUAAAUACCAGAUCUUCAAGUCCUUAAAGCGGAAAGAUCUCCAUGACAGUUUCAGUGGAAUAAGAACAGAUUUGUAUUGUUGAUUUCUAUCACUGCAGCAGGAUUUGUAAUUGACCCACAUAGAGUCAGGGGCCAAAACUGCUAUCUGAUAGAAUCCCAGAAGAGAAAAUCUGAAUCACCUUGAGCACAUCUUCUUUCCUUUCCUUGUAAUGUUGUAAAGGGAGUAGAGUUUUGUCUACAGGAAAUUAAUCCCUCGGUGUUCAGUUUCACUUCCUGUUGUACGGAGGGUGCCACUCUAAAGGAAGUUUUGCUCUAUGAGUGUCAUGUUCAGGCUGCAGGAUUAAUUUGGGUUUUUUUGAGAGAUAUUGUUUCUUUUUAUGGCCCCAGCUCUUAAAAAAACAUCAGUAUAACAUGUCGCUGAAACCCUAGAUUAGCACUGACACUCUUUGGUUUCCUUCAGUCUCUGUUUUUUUUAAAUGGUCAUUAUUACUGUUUGAAAAGCAGCCGAUCAAUAAGUUAUGAUGAAAGUUCUUCAUCAGCAACUUUAUGAACAUUCAUUAAAGCUUGUCACACUUAAAAGUUGCAAACUUGGUUGACAAACUUUCCUUCAGUUGCAUGCAGUCACAGUGUUUGAGCAUGCUAUCUGUGGUUUAUUCAUCAGGUGUGUCCAGAGCAACAUUGUCCUGCUCACUCAAGCCUUCCGCAAGAAGUUCGUCAUCCCAGACUUCCAGUCCUUCACCUCCCAUAUUGAUGAGCUGUAUGAGAAUGCCAAAAAUCUCAAUGAAGGACAGGUGUGUCCUUACAUCCGUGACUGUUUAUUGUCAUUAUGAUUUUUUCAACCCUUUACAGGUUAGUUACCAGCAGACUGUGCUAACAGUCUGGUCUUUGAUUACACAGACAGGUUGGAGGCCAGAUUCAAGAGAAGAUCCACCUCAGGUCAUUGUGAAGGUGUAUGUUGGUGUUUCCAGUAGAUAUCAGUGCAGCUUCUCUGUGCUGUAUCAUGUUAUUUUAGCUGCCAGCUGCAGAAAUGUCUAGACAAUGAUAAUUUGAGAACAGCAAAGUCAUGAUUUUAAGAGACACCAUGGUGUUGAUUCCCAGAUGGUAUGAACCUUAAACAAUUGUGUUUUUAUGUUUCUUACUUUAAAAGAAAAUCAAAUGACCUUGUGAGUAAUCAAAGUGUUGUAUGGUGAUCUUCAUGACCCGAGGACAUGUAAAAAAACUCUAACAAUGCUUCCCUUCUUUGACGAAUCAAAAUGCCUAUUCAUGACUUUGGCAUUAGAUUUAGAAACCUGACAGUUGAUCCUAGCUCUCACUGCUCCUAUGUUAGCUCUAAGAACACUGCUCUAAGUGUUCUUAGAUGAGAUGUUAUACUCCAAAUUACCCCCCAGUGGUUUCUGAAUUUGAGUGAAAAGGAUUAGGUAAUGCUGGGAGACACUAUGUUUAGCAUCUUUUGCCAUCAGUGCAGAACGUAAUGUAAAUAAGCAGAGAUGAAUCAGAUGAUGAGAUAAAAAGCUGUUUCAAAUAAGACGAUAAGUAAGACCACAAAACUUGAUAGGAAACUGGGAACUCACAACAAGCACCAUGCUGUAAUUAAAAGCACAAAGUAAACAGAAAUCUUUUAUAACAUGAAUACCUGAGUGAGGAUUUUUGACUUUGGUUCUUUGAGUGUAUUGUCAGCAGUGUUAGUUUUCCUCUGAAGCCUGAGCCUCGGCAGACGUCAGCAGUGUAAGGCGACUCUCAUUCACAUGCCUCUCCUCUCUUUCAGGUUGCAGACUACAUUCCUCAGCUCGCCAAAUUCAGCCCCGACCUGUGGGCCAUCUCUGUGUGCACAGUGGACGGACAGAGGUGAGACAGAGGUUAAUGCAGGUUCUGGUAGAUACAGGGAUGUUUUGAUAUUUAAAAGUAUAAAAAGUAUGAAAGUCAUAGAGUUGGCUUUUUAAAGGCGGCUCUGUGCUGUGUGCGAGUUCGUCUCUCUGUCGGGUCGACGGUCUGUAAAUGGCCUCUGGUGGUUUUUCAACAAGGAAUGCUAACAAACCAGUUUUGAUUUAUUUUAACUGCUUAUCACAAACCAUUUAUCAUGUGUAUUCAUGUGAGCAAAACAUUCAGUUUAAAGAUGUUGGAUAAACUGCCCUGUUAGUUUAUAAGAUCUGUUUACUCAGAAGUGCCACAUGAUGAUAAAGAGCAGUUAAUUUCUCCAAGUUCUGAGCUGGACAGACUAAAAGAAACACCACUAAGAUUAGAUAUACCGUCACAGAUGCUCCGUCAGUGAGGCUUACAGUCCUGAAUGUGGUCGUGUUGGUUCAGCUCCACGUUUGAUUUAUUACUUUAUCACGUUCAGGUGUUUUUCCAGCCAAACUAGAACAAGAAGUCAAAUCCAAUGUUGUGAAAUGGUUUCAGUCUGUGUUUUGAUCAGCUUGUUCCCUGAUAGGUCGCUGUAAAAUUCCACAGGUGUGUAUAUAUUUACUCUGUUUGUGUAAGAGUGGAAGUCAUAAAGAUAACAUGGUUAUGAACAGAACAUGUGGUUCUGUUAUUGUGCUGUAACGCUCUGUCACUGAUGUUCUUUGUUUACACUGAUCCCUCACAUUGUAUCACAAACCCUCUAAUUUUGAGGUCACGUUUGGUUUCUUUUUUGAGCUUCAUCUCCUCCUACAACUGUUUCUUUUAAAUCUUUCCAGACACACAGUGGGAGACACCAAGGUGCCCUUCUGUUUGCAGUCGUGUGUCAAGCCUCUGAAGUACGCUGUGGCCGUUCAUGACUACGGUACAGAGUACGUCCACAGUUUCAUUGGGAAGGAGCCCAGUGGUCUGCGCUUUAACAAGUUAUUCCUGAAUGAUGAUGGUGAGUCUUUUUCAGUCGUUGUCUGUCUUCUUUUAACUUUUCAAACACUAAACCAGACUUUAUGAAUGUAUGAAUGACACCAGGAGUUGUGGCUGAUGCUCUCUGUAUCUCCGACUUCAGAUAUAGGAAUGGAUUGUUUACAUUAGUAGCACUAAAAAUUGUGCAUCAGUUGCCCCCACUGUCUGCUCUAUAUCAAGUUCUGGUUUACAAAGAUGAAAAUCAAGAAUAAAGAUAAAUGCAUAGAUUAGAAAAAAGUGGCCCCUGUAUGUAUUACUGCUUUGAUAUCACAAUAAUAUUGUGGUGCAGUCACAGCCAAGUCUCAGGAGAAGGUAAAAAACAACCCCCUAACUAUAUGUGGUGUUUUUUCCCGUGAGGUUCGUCUGCGCACACAGAGAGAUUAAUUUUCCCAUAAACUAAUGCAGAAUGAGUCAUGUAAAUACAUGCAAAUGUAUGGAAACACCACCUGCAUACAGAGAUGCUUUCUGCUCCGCAGUGCAGUUUGGAAAGCAUGAGGAGCAUAACUAAAUUAUCUGACGUCUUUUUAGUUCAUUUGCACUCAGGGUUACUGUGUGCAGAAAUCCCACAACCCUUUCUUGUGAAUCAGGACCUCAGUGACUUAAGCAAAAUGUGAGCAGAAGUCGUUGACUGUUUCUAGGAAGUCAGUAUUUCCUAUUUUUCCAGAGAACAUCACACGAAGGAAGCAGCGUUUGUAAUAUCAUGUUUCCUUCCUCUGUGUGCAAACUGCUGUGAACAACUUUGACAAUAUCAGCCACUGACUUUUAUACUCAGUGAGUUUUUAUUUGUCUGGCAAACAAGGGAGGGAAAAAAAACCCUGAGCUCAAUAGUCAUAAAAGAGGAAUGUGCUGUAUUUAGUGUUUGUUAUUGUAGUUUUCCCUUAAGUAGUUCUUCAAUUGUCCGCCUGGUUUUGUAUGCUCACACUCCUCUCAUUCGUGCUGGUCAGUCUGUCAGUACUGUCUCUACUCUGAGCUACUCAGCAGUACUUGUCAACCAUAUGGCUUAUGCUGCCUGCAAAGAGGGAGUUGAGAGUUCUGAGUGCCAAGGGAAUGACUCAGAUACUGGAGUCAGAAGUUUUUACAGCCGUGAGAGAGAAAAGAUGGUUACUUUAAACUAAGACAGCCUGUAUGCAGCAACAAAACACAUGAAUCAUACUACAUACAGUGAAUGCUUGGGUAAUACCUGUUGGAUAUGUGAACAUGAAGAUAGAAUGGUAAUGGUCAUUGAAGUCAUAGUUGUGGUUGGUUGUCAGAGGGAGGGACUGGAACUGUGUUGGAAAUCUGCUGCCAGGAAAGCCCUGUGUUGCAUAAGGAGAUCACUCAGCAGCGAGAGAAUGUAGGUGAUGUAAGUGUAAAUCUAUUUGACCACUUUUAGAGACCUGUGGGAGGAAGGCUUCCUUUAGCUGCCGGGUGAAAUUGUCCGGCAUUACUGGAACUAAGGAGGAUCACGUCAUGAGCGUGUCGUGGAAAUGUGAGGAAACAAUGAUCACAGUGUUAAAGAAGGUCAAAGUCACAUGACCCAAUCGGCUGAAAGAUGACUAACUAGGCUCCUAAUUUCUAAUUGGAAACAUUUCCGCUAUGAAACAAGCAAGUGCCCUUCCUUCAGCUGUAGUCAAUUAUUUAUUAAUAUGAGCUGCUUAAUGAUAUAGAUAAUCAUUCACCUGCACUCGCAUGUUUGGAUCUAGGUACAAAGCUCAGUUUGGUUCAAACUAUUGUGUGUGUGUGUGUAUAUAUAUAUAUAUAUAUAUAUAUAUUUCAAAUAAAUGGUGUGAGCUUGCCAAACUUGUUCUACGAUGGUCAUUUUGAGCAAACAUACUUUGCUUGAGUGUGUUUGUGUAUCUUUCUAAAAAGAGUUUCGCUACAGAAGUUUCUGCAUUUUCUGAAUUUUAGAGCACUGCACCGAUUUUAUCGACAGCUGAUGCUUUUCUUCUUCUGUCUUGUCAUAGCAGUGUGGAAGUUGUACGACUACAUAACAGGCAGGCACCAGUGAAAGCAACUGAGAAAAGUUGAUUUUUGAGAUAAAAUCGUUGUCGUGUCGUGUCAUGCAGAACUUGAUAGUGAUCGUGAAGAUGAUGCAUCAAGUUUGAUGUGUUUAACCCUUUAGUUGCAGCUUUCUUUGUUGCAGGUUCUACAGACGAUUGAUCUUGUUUUGAGUAUUUCUUUGGUUAUUCUUGGUGUAACCGAAACGCUCUGAAUCUGCCGACUUCACCGAUUUUUUUUUGAUGGAUGUAAAACUUUGCUGCUUGAUCCCGUUUCCAUAGUUAAGCCUCAGUGUCUCUUUAUAACAUUAAGCUUGUGAACCACGGGUGUCCCCUUUGUUUUCUUUCCAUGCAGAUUGUGCCAAACAUAAUGUACUGGCCCCGUUUCGUAUUCUACCUUCUUAACUAAUACUUGGUUUCAUGCCAUGAAACUUCCAGACAAAACCAGAUUAAACUGGAGUUUGUCCAUGUUUUAUUCUGGUGGUCAGAAGUCACUGUAGCUGUAUUUCUUCCCAUUUGUGUUCAGCCAGAUCUAGAUCCAGCAGGGUCCUUUGCUUGUGAACUGUGUCGACUUCUGUGUUGCUCUCUGAUGCAGUUUUAUCAGCUCUCUCUGGAUAAAUAAUUAAAUAUCUGAGUCAGAGACAGAAAACGUCAGCCACGACUGCUGCUGUUUUUACUCUCCAUAUUUAAGUGUGAUAGAUUUUGAUGAAGGACAACAGGUGGAGGAAUUUCUCCUGCUGCUAUCUCAUAUAUGCUUUACCGAGGUCACAGCUGUCUUUAGCCCGUCUGUGCUCUACAUGUAUUUGACUGAUUGAUCCGUCUGUAUGCACACCUCUCAGACGUACAGAAAUAUGAGCAAACAUUGACACUUUGAUCCUCUUCAGCGCACUAACUGAGCUCUUGUUGUCUUACAGAUAAGCCCCACAACCCCAUGGUGAAUGCUGGCGCUAUUGUUUGUACUUCACUGAUAAAGGUAAAAGCUGUUACACUUUCCCUCCCUUGUGUGUGUCUGUGUGUGUGUGUAUGUGUGUUUCAUGUCCUGACUGUGUGUCAUUUCCACUAAAACCCUAGUCAGAAAACCUCUCACAUGGUGGGUAUCACUGAGCUGCUUUAUCGAGUAGAUAACAGGAAGGUUGAAACAAAUAUAGGUGUCAGAUAAGAGGUGACUGUUGGACAACAGCCUAAUUAACCCAUUCAUAUCUGAACACAAUGAGCCCGCAGGAGAAGAGUCAUAAUGACUCAACAUCCUGUCAACACUUUGAGAAACUCUUGUCUUUAUAAAGUGGUUUAAACAUUAGACUCCUCAGGGUCUUCACAUCGGACUCUUGACUCAGCUGGAAUUCUUUCUAGGUCACUACCUUAGUCCACUACCGUGGGUCUUGUUGUGGUGAUUAAGACUUGUGCUAAUCCUUCCUGAGGGCACUUAGACCUCACGCUGUUCUCGGCCCUGCUGAAAAUAACCUGCACGUAGAGCUAGUCAAAUGCAGCUGCACGCAGACCGGCGUCACAAAGAGAGAUAGGAAGUCAGAUAGUUCCCUCGCCUGCCACAGCUCUCCAAACACGGCACCAGAGGUUGAUCUGACACAGUUUCAUUUUGACUCAGAGUGAAACAGAUUGACACUGAGUUGGAUUUCCUGGUGGUAAAUUGCUCAUCUCCUGUCAAACCAAACAAGCUGCAGCUCAGAAGAGGAUUCAUAACAAAUGGCAGAUUCAAACUGGCAUAUACGGCGUCUUUGUUGACAAGAUUUCAUACCAGCAGAGUCAGAUUUUUACCCCAGAGAAACUGUGAAAUAUCAAUCUUUAACAUCUCUUUUGGGGAUAUUUUCAGUUUUAGCUCAAAAAUGAUCUUCAGUUUCUAAAACAAGCAACAGCUGAAGCAAUGUACCCGAGUUUUUCCAAAGCACUUAUAAGCAAAUUAUAUUAUUAUAUAUGCAAAAAUAGAGCCAAGGGUUAAAAAUACCAGAAUUAUCCAGGAUGGAUGUCUUUACACAGUCCGUGUUAGCAAGUUAAUAACACACUCACGCAUUUGUUCGCACUCAACAUCUACCUUUAAGUACUUAGCAGCAGCUCAAAUGCUCCACAUGGUAACAGCACUCUACUGCAGAUGUUUGCUUCGUAACGUCUUUAAAAUUCGCUUUAUUUCCACUCGAUUGAGCCACAUUUUCAACCUCAAAUGAAGGGUUUUUUGAGGAUAUCCUCUGUAGUUAUUGUUGCACUCAUGAAAACAAAGUCUGCCAUCAAAGCUUGGAGCUGUGAUAAUAUUUUUAUACUUAAGAGGACAUUCACAGAGUAAUAAACCCACACAUGGUGCCAAGAUCCUCCUCCAAGUUUAAUGAAGCUGCUGUAGCAUGUGGCUCAUGUUAUCUUUAUAAAAUUUUGAAUCUCCUGUAUUUAUAAGCAGCGGACAACAGAGAAUAACAGUAGCUCUGUAAAAAAACCUCAAGCUCCCAAACCUGUGUGUUUUCAGUGUCUACAUGUUCAUUCCUUUUAUUCUUUAACUUUAUUUCUCGCCUUUUACUUCGUGCAUUAUCGCGACCUUGCAAACACAAACCUAUACACGCCUCAUUAAACCAUCCAAACACACAGUAACACAUUUCUGAGCAGCCCUCAUACAACAGCAGCAAACUGAUCUCCCAACACCUGAACUGGAGUCUGCGGUCACUGCAGUGCGUAAGCACGUCUCAUGACAGCAGGAGUAAAUAAGUGACAGCCUGGAGGCGAAAGUAGAGGCUUUUCUAAAUAGUAUUUAACAAAAACACCACAGUCAUCAUCACUGUAAACCAUUUGAUGAUGUUAAUUUUUAAGCGUAGUGCUUUAAAUGACCUCUCUGUUUGUUUUUUAGUUUCGUCUGUGCAGCUCCAGACAAAACUAAGACCAGGAUUUUCAUUUUUUAUCCUCUCAGCUUUUGUAAAUUUUCAGUUACAAUUGAAAGAAUCAGAAAAGAAAAAAAAAAAACAGUUGAGAUUAAAAGUAGAUCAUUGGCAAAGAUUACAGACAGAACUGAGUUGUCUGGGAAAACACAUUUGCACUUUCAGGUAGUGAGAUGAGAAGAUUGAUCAUGAGUCAUUUCAGUAAAGCUGCGCAGUCUUCCUCUUUACUGAUUAUGAUUAAGAUAUUUCAGAAAAGCUGGAGAUAGUAUCUUUAAAUUUCCCCUAAGGAUUUCUAUGGUCGUUUGUGUCCUCCUAUUUGUAAAUACAUUAAUUCAUAAUUUUAUUGAAAGAACGACAGAAUCUAUUAAAUCAGUGGAUGAUCUCUUCUUGCUUGCUAUAGUUUUUUUCUGCAGCUUCCCAGGAGACAUAUCAGUCCUCACCAAGACAUGGAGAUGCUCUGGUUUUGUUUUUUGGUACCAUAAAUGUUAUGAAUACAGGCUGCCUUAUGCUGUAUGAAGUAACAGAGCAGCCAUAGUAAGAGACUGAUGAAUAUGAGCUGCAACUUGCCUCAAAGGUUGAUGUUUCCAAUUGACCUUAGAAUAAAGCUAAACUAGCAGGUUGGUAAAGCUUCGUGACGCUUGUGCAAAAUUAACUCGACCUUUUUACUUCAUUUUCACUCAUAGAUAAGAGUAAUAUGAAUCUUCUCAUCUUACUCUCUGAUAGAAACCUUUUUUUUUUUUAUUACUGAGUAAUUUCUAAGCUCAGUAGAGAGAGGAGCUCUCUAUUUUGAAGAGAUUUUAUUUCUAGAAAUCCACUCGUUCUCAUACAGUGAGGUCCUUCCUCUCUCUGGAGCCUUUUUUUAAAACUGCACUGGUAUUUAUUUGUGUUGCAGACGGUACACGCUGUAGUGUGGGCAGUUUUGUGUGCUGUUUUCUAUUUCAUCACACAGCAAACCUGUUUCACUGCCCACGAAACACACAGAGUCACCUGUUAGAAACACAGACCGACAUAUUCACUGAGACAACAGUGUGUAAGUGUGUGUCUCCAUCUACUCAUCACUGCCAUCAGUGUCUCAAUGUGUUGUUUUUCUUCCUCUAUGAUGAAACACAAAUGUCACGCCGUUAAGUCAGGUUGCUCAGUUUUAAUUUUACAUCGGUGGGAAAACUAUGGGAUGGUUGCCGUGGCAAUAAGCCCCAAACUGUUGUUACAUGGUGCUUGAAGGCUACAUGUUGUUGCUGUUUUUGUAUGUUGUUGCAUAUUUUCCAGACUUAGGAACUGUGGGAAAUAGUGACUGCUGCUGCAGGUCAAAUGACGUUGGUAAUUUUUUCUUCCUUUUCCAUAUCUAUCUCCUCGCACUCUCCCAACCCCCCUGACCCCAACCCCUCUCUUUGUCCUCCAAUCAGCUCUGUAGAAACCCCAUAUAAUGACUCUUUAACACCUCCAUCUGUGUCACUUGCUCUUGCCUUUUUAUUAUUAGAACUCUUUUAAAUGUAAAGUUAAACGUUUCCUGUCACACUAUAAAAACCAUAAAUGUUCAGUAAUUUGUAAACUGAUGUCAUAGCACUUUUGAUGUGCAUGCGUGUCUAUUUUUCCUCUGCUGUGUUGUGUAAGUGGGAGAAGCAGCAUCAAUGAUCUUACAGUUUGACUCAUAGAUGUACGCUGAGCUAGAAGCUGUGAAUUUUAUCCUCAGAGGAGGACCUUUCCUUCCUUUUUUUCCUCCCCCCUCUUUGUUCUGUCUGACAGACUCUCUGCACAGAUGACACAUGUUGACCUAUUGUAGACACACAAAUUCAAACACACACAUGCACACACCUGCAUUAUGGUAACCCAUAAUACAAACCUGCCUGCACACACCCACAUCACUUCACAGUCGUGCAUUGUUUUUCUCUUUUGUAGAAGCAUACUCACAGUGAGGGUUGUUCAGUUUAAACAGGUAGUUUAUAAACUUGAAAUCAUACUGACCCCUGCAUUUGGAGUUUGUAAGCUGUAGCUGACUAUCUCUGGUAAUGCACAUGUCUACUAAACGCCACUUUUAACCCCAAAAGACUUGCUUCUUUGUGCCUAUUUGCAAACCAAUUCUUUUAACAAUUUGUAUCUACCUGUAUAAUUCCUGGAAAAGCUCAUGUGCCUUUUUUACAAUUGAUUUGUAAUCAAAUCUAUUCAUAUCUGCUAAUUCUGUAGUUCUAAUUCCUCAGCAGUAGCAUUUCCAAUUUAUUUCUUUUAUGAUGCUGUUCUCGUCCUCUGUAACGUGCACUUGUGAAUAAAGUUGUCUAACGACUAAUUCUUCUGCUCUUUCCACAGCAAGGUGCAAGCAAUGCAGAAAAAUUUGACUAUGUAAGUAUGCAACCUUAAGUCAACUCAGGGCUAGGACUGUGAUCUAGAUUUAGUUGUGACUGCUUCUGCCAGAGUUUAAAAAGAGUUAUUGAAGUGCUUGGACAGAAAAAGGUCUGCUAAAAAGUUGAAAAGUUAUUAUUUCUGUGUUGAUUUCACUUUUUUUUAUUUCCUCUGCUGUCAGAUUAUAAAGAUAAAAUUCUCUGUAGUGAAUUUGAGAUAAUUGAGCCAAUUGUUUUAUGAAUCAGCCUCUAAAAUGUCAAUAACUCUGAACAGUAAACCUCUCUUUGCUGCAGAGUGACUCACAAAACUUCACUGCUCUCUCCACAGGUCAUGAACUUUCUGAAAAACAUGGCGGGACAUGAGUACGUGGGUUUCAGCAACGCCACGUAAGUUCCUGCAAAGUAUGAGUUUGGUUUUGUAGAGCUCUCCUUCCAUUCAACAGAUGGGAAAAAACACCAGCACCACUCAUUAAGGCCAUUGUCAGACUAAAACUGAAACCAGACUAUAAGGCUCCAGAGAUCCCAACAACCAUCAAACCUUGAAGCUUUAUCUGCUCAGUGAAACAGCUGAAGAUAGUCAGAGGAUUUCUCAUUAUAAUAAUAAUAAAACUGAAAAGAAGCUAACAACAGCGGUGGUGCUAACAUUUAAAUGAUCAGGAGGACCCUUACCCCAGUGAAGCUGCAUUUAGUAGGGUGUUCGGAUAGUGAUUGCAGACUUUCUAAAGGCCAGAGGUGUGGAGUCUCCGUUAACGGUCGCUCUCUUGUGCAUGAUUUAUGACGACACCUCAUGCUAACAAUGUUCCUGGAGAAAGAGCAGGCGCUGGAGCUCAUGUUGCAGUAUCAUCACAUGUUAGCAUGAGAGCUCUGAUUGUACCGUACACAUGAGGGGUGGGGUGAAGGAAUUCCAUCACACAAGUGAAAACACACACAGACUCAAAGUGCAAAUGUUUCCUUCCUCGAUGUAAUGGGCGUGCUCUGUCCCUUCGUGUGUCAGAUUCCAGUCGGAGCGUGAGUCAGGGGACAGGAAUUUCGCCAUCGGCUACUACCUGAAAGAGAAAAAGGUUUGACCUUGGAUACGAGUCACUGCCGCCUUUGUUUUCUUCAGAAUAUUUAUGUUUCUUCACUCUGAAAAACUUUAAGGGCGAUUUCAUCACCGAAGUUACACAUUUACGAGAGGAGGAGGAGGAGGAGUUACAGACAGAGGCCCAUUAAAGAAACAGCAGCACUGUUUUUAAAUGUUUAUUUCAGUUUGAUCCCUACAAACUUUCACCGCCUUUGCUUAUACUUUAAAGAAGACAUGACUUAGACUGAAAACAGUGUCUGCCUCCUCCCUUUCAAGAAAUGCAGCAGUGUGAGACUGUAGAGUAGAUGAUUAACGACCAUCUUGGCACUUUGCAUGUUCUGAACUCUGUGUUUUUCCUCUGCAGUGUUUCCCAGAGGGGACAGACAUGACCUCCAUACUGGACUUUUACUUUCAGGUGAGUGCAGGGCUGAGUUUCUGAUUUAUUCAGUAUCAUCUCCUCUGAAUUUUUAAUAAGAGGUUUUGUUUUCCUGCUUUUUGCUGCCGUCCCCUGAGUGUUGAGAAUGUCAAAGAUCCGGUUUCUGCUUCUCAACUAGUUUUAAAAACACAUAUUCUGUUUUUGUCAAACUCCCUGCAUACAUGUUAAUGUGAAGAUUUAUCAUUCAGUGCUGUAAAAAGAGAAAUUGGACUGAGUGUCUCCUGUUUGACCUUCCAGCUGUGUUCCAUCGAGGUGACCUGCGAGAGUGCCAGCGUCAUGGCUGCUACCCUUGCAAACGGCGGUAUCUGCCCCAUCUCGGGUGAGCGUGUGCUGAGCCCGGAGGCGGUGAGGAACACCUUGAGUCUGAUGCACUCCUGCGGCAUGUACGACUUCUCAGGACAGUUUGCUUUCCAUGUAAGUAAACAGGCCUGAUCACAGAAAGACCAAUAUGAGGCAGUGGAGCGUGCAAGGGAGCGGCUGUAGACCCUGUUUUUAUUCAGAACGUUAAAUCAACAAACAUUCAACAAUUGUUUUUAAUAGCUUUAUCUCAUUUUCAUCUAAGAGGAGUUACAAUAGAUGCACUGACAUCAUGUGUGAGUCCUAAAAUCAGUCCUACAUCUUUGGUGCCAGAUUGAACGAAGCAGCUUUUGUUGGCUUCAUCGAUUUCUUUGUUUUCAUUGUUGAUUACAAUAUGAUUACACACUGCUACACUUGUGUUUUUGUAAACAUUCACCGAUGACAAGGACUGCUCUUGAAUGCUUCCUAUUUAUGCUGAGGCUGCCAAAUUCCCUCCUUAGUUUCAAUCAAACAAAACAAAACAAAACAGGUUAAACAAUGAAAGCAGACAAUGCACUCUGACAGCGCUCCUGCAUCACUGACACACAACCCGUCAUAGCUGCUUUAUAAAUGUGUUAAAAACAAACACAGGCCACUGAAGUAUUUGGCUUUAAUUUGAAUGAUUAUAUACCUCAAGCAGACCUGCUACAUAUGUGAAAAAAUGCUCACAUCUAGACUCUGCAUGCACUGAUUGAGGUGUAACUAGGUGUUCUGGGACAAGGACAGUAGUCCAAAUAUGUUGCUUAAACCAUUUUAACUUUAAGUGUGGGAUAAAAGUCAGACUUUGUAUUUGUCUUCAGUAGUAGGUUUACAAAUAGCUGGUGCAGAUUGGUCCUUUUUGUUUCUGUGACCUAGUUGGCUCACACUGAUUUACAGCAGUUGGCCAAAGCUCGCAGUAGGGUUGAUCAUAUUGGCCUUAACGAUGUUUGCCUCUGGGCUGGAGACCAAACUUGGUUUCAAGUCACUUAAAAGCAGGAAUUGUGUUACUAUCCGAGCUUUCUGGAGUUUAACAAUCAUAUAUCUGCAAAGUCUGAAUGCUGGAUUAAUAAUGUGAACUGGUUUAAAACCUGUCCAUGUCAUCCAAACAGCUUUACAUGUAUAACAAAUAAAAACCCAAACCUCAGCCGCUGCAUUUUAAUGGUGUUAUGUCACAUUGUUGCUGUGCCCCAGCAGACGUGUUUGUUGUGAUAACAUGGCACAUUUUAAUGAGACACAUUUUAUUAAAAGCAGAGUGAGCAGGCUGCGUGUGAAAAUAUCUCCCUACUUCAGCUUCUCAUGAAGCAGUCAGGUUUAAAAGCACCAGAGGCAGGAUCUACAGGGUGGUAAUAAAAUAUAAGGUGUGUCUUGUGAACUGUUUACCUUUCUAAAUGAUCUGUGUAAUUGCUUUAUAUUAACAUCAAUAACAGACAUAAAUGCUCAUAAAAGAGAAUUAUCUGAAUAACUCCAGCACCCACACUCUGCAGUGAAUCUUCUGUUUAAUAGUACCAGAUGACCUCAGAUAGAUCUCUCUAAUAAUGAAAUUUUAAGGUUUUAACUUGUUGACUUUUCUGUCUCAGCACAGAGAUGUCUCCAUACUGUUAGAGCCGAUACUCCCAGCUGAUCUUCUCUUAUGUAACCAUCCUGUUGUCUCUGUUGUAGGUUGGUCUGCCGGCCAAGUCUGGAGUAUCAGGAGGGAUCCUGCUGGUUGUACCUAAUGUGAUGGGUAUUAUGUGCUGGUCACCUCCACUGGACAAGCUGGGCAACUCCGUCAGAGGAAUACAGUUCUGCACGGUAAGUGAGGGUCAGAAGCAGAGGAGGAGAAGACUCCUGCAGACAACUCCUGCUGCUAGAAAAUAAUACACAGUUUUUCAAUAUUUUUCCAGUGAACACACUUGAUUUUGAAAGAGAAAUAAGCAUACCAUAGGCAAUAACUGGACUUUGACAUAAAUUUGAAUCUUUUUUAAUCAUGUAGAGGUCAACAUUAGGUUGUGACUGAACUUGUCCCUUCAAGUACAGACCUGUUUUACUCUGUUUGACAUCCUUCCUGAAAACACAAACAUCAUAAACACAAACACGUCUGACGGAAACAGAGUUAAUGAUCUGGGAUUGCGUAGGAGUGUCCUUGAGGUGCCGUUUAGAUUGGCUGACUCUCUUUUACUCAUGGUGACCCUGUGUGAUAAGUCAGAAAUGCCUGAUGAAUGAUUACCUUCAGGCCAGACCUGUAGACAGAGCUCAGACCACAUGACAGGGUGAAUGAAACUCCACAGGCCCCUUAAAAAGAGACAAAAGAGACACUGCAGCUUGUAUACUUAGUGAAGAUUUGAACUCCUUAAAUCAUCGGCCUCUUAACUUUUAAUCCCAGUAUCAACCAAACUUUAAAGAACAUUCAUGCUUUUAUUCUUCUGAUGUAUAAAUCUGUCUUUCUCUUUUGUUUCAGGACCUCGUGGAGCUUUUCAACUUCCACAAUUACGACAACCUGAGGCACUUUGCCAAGAAGCACGAUCCUCGCAGAGAGGGAGGGGACCAGAGGGUAAGGAAACACAACAUCAUGUUGUGAAAACAAAACUGUCAGGAGUGCACCCGUUGCCCUCAUCAGACACACUGACAUAACACCCUUUCUCCUUCAGUGUGGGUGUUAUUGAGGUUCCUGAUCUUCAGGUUGAGGAGCUUUAAAUACUGGAUAUUUUAGAGUUUCUGGAUUUUUCAAUCUUCUUUCUCUCUCUGUCUGUCGGUGCGCUGUUGUUGUGCUCUGUUUCUUUCUGGUUUGUUGCCUUUUUUCAGAAUAUGAAUAUUAUUGUUGGCACACGAAAUAAGAAACCAAAUUAACCUGAAUUGUUCAAAAGAAAUUUGUCCCCUAUCUAUCCACAAAUUUCUGAUGAAAGGCCUAAACGGAUAACAAAAUAAAACUCUAGUCAAAGUAAAUCUACUCUUUGAAGGUGUGUUCAGACCAAAAGCAAAAGGAUUUUUUCAGCUUUAUGGAAAUGAAGCCAAACUCUGCAUAAAUUUGCAUCAUGCAGCGAGCGCCUGUGAGUCUUAGGUUUGUCUGACUCCUUAUUGUUGCAUCAGAAAUGGUCAAUCUGAACUCCAUCCAGAAAAACAGGCUGUUAAAAGCUGUUACUGGUCUCGCAGACAGACCUGACAGAGCAGUUCUUCCUCUAAUGGAUCUGCUUCCUCAAUCACUUAUUUGAGCUUCCUGUCCGCCUGUUUAAUUGCAAUUAAAUUAAAGGAUCAGACGACAAAGGAAGUGCUAUUUAAAGUAAAACGUACUCACCAUUGAUGGAUGAUCAGGUGCUCCACAGUUGACACCAGUUGACACCAUCUUUGCUUUUGGUUUGAACACAGCUACACUAACAAACUCACAAACACUCACUCACUCACUCACUCACAUUCACUCAGAACGGGCGAGACUAAUUUUUCAUUCGUGUCGAUUGAAACAGCUGCACUCCUUCGGACCCAUGGAUUACGAGAGUCUCCAACAAGAGCUAGCUCUGAAAGCCCCUCUUUGGAAAAAGGUGUCCCCCACUGAGUCUCACCAGGACAGCUCCACCACAGUAGUCUAUAGGAUGGACAAUGCCGCCAAGUGAAAUAAACUCAGAGGAGACCUACCUGACCUUCCCCCUUCCUCACUCCUCACUCCUCACCCUCACUUCAUCUGAUCUCUCUCCCCGACCCUCACACCAACAACACCACCAGCUUCCCUCACCCUCGAGUAUUUAUACGUAAAUUAUGAAGAGGAUUAUUUAUUGCUUGUGAGAUUUGUGUGUUACUGUUCGGAUGGACUGGGGAACUACUUCUGUUUUUGUCUGUGAUGGAAAAUGGGAAGAGCUACUGCUUAUUUUUUUUAUUUCAUUUUAUUUCUUUUGCUUUGUUUUCCAGAUGAACUCGUAGCCUCGUCCUGUUUGUUGCCUUAGUUUGUGCAGGAUGUGACGUUCAGCAUAAGGUGGAGCUGCCGUUUUAUCACACCCACCUUUUAAUGCAGAAUCUUUCUUAAGAUGUAGGCUAAGGGUUGAUUUGAAUUUAACUUUAUUCUAAGUAACAACCAAAAAAAGUGUGUGUGUGCGUGUGUGUUUGCAUGAGUAGAGCUUCAGUAGAGCCAGAUUUAAGACUCACAGUCUUUAAAUGUACAUUCAGACUACUUUCCAGAAAUGAUUGCUAACUGUAGCUUACACUGAGACCUCAGACUCGAGCGACAUUAGUGCACAGGGUGGAUAUAAAGAAGCAGAGGAAGAGUUCUUGGAUGGAAAGUUUUGGGUCAGAGGAGAAUAUUGUUGACAUAGUAGGUAGCUGUAAAUGUCUGCACUGGAGUGCAGCAGUGUUACGUCGUGCAACAUGACCUAGUUUCUCAUUGAAGAGAGGAGCUCUGAUACCUGAAAGGAAAGGAAGUAACGCAGGUACUGUUCUUGUCAAAUGUACGAUUGGGAGAUAAACUGAAAACCAAACACUUGCAAAAGUUGAUAACCUAGUGGUGCGAAGUUUCUCAGCCUUAAAAUCUAGAGAGCUGACAGCAAACACUUAGUGGGAGCAGAGCCUUUCUUUGCACAAUAAAGCACCUUCUUUUUUAUAGGGGUUUAAACUCUGAAAGACUUUAUACCUGCCAAAGAAGGCAGGUAUCAAUACUUAGAUAAUACUAAGAUUAGCGGGAUCAUUUAGUGGAGGCACUCUACAUGCAACAUGAGCUGCAGGAGCUUCAAGAGCAAAUACUUUAUAUAAACAUUUGCUUUGAAACAGAGCCACUCAAAACAUUCAUUUUGGUGAUUUCAUUUUUGCAGAAGCUGCAAAUAUUAAUCAAAGGUAGAAUUUUUGAUAAGACAGCGUGAUAGUGUAGUUCUGCAGAGAAGCCCUGCUGCGUAGAUUUAAGAAAGCGUUUCAGGUUUGAAACAAAAGCAAAUAUUUGCUACAUGAAGAUUGUCUUGUGGCUCAUUGUUUUCAUAAUGUCUCAGAAAAUAACUAGAGUGUGUGUUUUUCUGUAUUAUGCAUCUCCAUCUGUUAUUUCUAAGAAUACUUAAACUAUAGUGUCAUUACUGCUUCCCCAAUGGCUUUUAAAACACAGAUUUUACUCUAGUGGGACUCAAACACAAAGUAAAGGCUGAGAAACAUUUUGCACUGUGUUGACUCUAAGUCUGAGACAGAAUAUUGAAUAGAAGAGCUGUGAAACAGAGCUACAGCUCACAUUUAACCUGUCAGUAUUCGUGCCUGGACCACUGUUGGGGCUGCUUCUUCUCUUCGCUUGUUGCUCCUGCAAUAUUUGAAGAAGGUUCGUUCAGCAGAGAGGUGAGACUACCAAAAAAACAAGUUUUCUUUGAGGCUCUCUGUGGACGACGUGUUGCAUCAGUCUGAGCUGCUGUUGAAUUUGGAUUAGUAAAAGUGUGUGUGUGUGUGUGUGUGUGUGUGUGUGCGUGUGGCUGGGUUUGCCAUGUUUGUGAAGGUUAGUAAAUAUACUCUGUGUGAUGUCAGCGAUAGACGGUUUGUGUAUAUUGCUGUAACUUCUGGUUAAAGCCCCUCUCAGUCUGUAGGGUCCGACCAGUCCUCACGUAACCUUUAACUCGUCUGCUGUGAUGAGGUGACGUCUGCAGGAGUUAUCUGCAGGGUCGACCGGCUGCAUUCCAAAACCACCUCUGUAUGUUUACGCGCUCUUGUUCAAAUAGGAUGCCUUAGUCUAAAAAAAUGAAGCUGCUCUCCGCAGAACCAGAGCUUUGUAAAUGUACGAAAAACUGAUCAGUGUAGCAAGAGGUUCAGAGCUUUAGAGGAUGUACAGAGCAGGUAGAGCUGGUUGUUUCAUCUUUUAAAAGAUUUAUAGUUUCUGCUCCAGAAUUACCAACAAAAUCAAGAGCUGGUAUAACCUGAUCUUGUGUGAUCUGAUUCACAACAUACGGUAAAUAAUUUCAUAUUCAGACCAAAAGCAGGAACAGAUUAAUAAAAAAGUUUGGUGAUAAGAAGUCACCUUAAAGUCAUGAGCUACCUGAGGAAGUUUUUAAAUGUUGUCAUUAAAUUCACAAAGUCUGAGAAGCUUUCAUCGAUAACUGAACAGUUUCCGGAUUUUUCUUUAAAACUUUCAAAAGUUUUAAACCAUGACAGCAGAUAUUAAACUUCGAUAACAACCACAAAGAAAAAGCUUGAGGGAAAAAAUCCCCGGUUGCAGCAGGGUUAAAUCUGAAAGAUUUUUAAUAUGAGAUUGUUCUUUGGCCUUUUUGUAAUGUUGCUGUUUGUAACUCAUCGUAUUCAAGCUGCUUACUGAUGCAACAUUUGAGGGAAAACAACCAUAUCAUUAAGACGGAGGAAAAUACCCAGCUCUAGCAGCAGAGGAAGGGACAUUUAUUCUAUUCACUGAUGCCCUUGGAUGGAAGAAAAACUCAAUACCACAGUAUAAAAAAAAGACUCGAUUUAAUGAUACCUCAAAUCCUUGAAUCCAAAAAUGUUCAUUACAGUAUGCACACACAGAUCAUUGAGUAUUGUCUGCAGGGUUCUCAGUGUUACUCUUCUUAUAAUGUUGUAUUAUAUGAAAAUAUCUUUCCCUUCAUCCUUCACUGUUCUUCUGAAUGUACAUAGGAUGGUGUAAAUAGCUGUUAGCUGUGCCUGUUUGGAUGGGAGUGAUCGUUUUCGUCAGCAGCAGACCAGAGUUUGUGUCGAUCGUUUUACUUCUGACGUUCCGACUUUAAAUAUCGUCACCUCCAGGAACUAGACUUACUUGCACAUGACUGUGAAGUCAGCUGAUGCCUUAGAUAUCCCUCUACUGCGACUGUAGUGAAUCUGUGAAAAUGUGUUAUUUAAUCAUGUGAAAGACUGUACAGGCUGCGUGUUGGUGUUUGGCACUGGGUUUGACUUGAGCUCAAUGUGACGGCUGCUGAGCCAUUAAUACUCUGUUCUGACUUUCUCAUGUUGUAUGAAGUUUAUUUUUUUGCUUUUAUUUUCUUUUUUAUUUCACAGAUUGUUGUCAGUGGUGUUUUCAUUUUUGUGUGGAGGUAUCAAGUAUUCAAAAGCCUCUGUUAUCAAGGACGUCGGUCUGGAGAGUUAGACCCGAGUCCUCAGCUCUGCUUGAGAGUGAAACGGGCUGAAGUGGAUCUUGUUGCGAUUAGUCUGAGAGUACUUUUGCUUUUUCAAGUUUUAAUCUGCUAGACAUGCAAACCUAUUUUUGACACAAUGAAUAGCUGACAUUUAUCAUGCUGUUUCUUAGUCGUUGGCAUUGCCCGUUGUGCAGUAAAGAAACGCUUGAGGGCUCCUCAGUAAUUUGAAGGGGAUAAGUUCAGGUUUGUGCACAUCUGAUGGAGGCGGUGAGGGUUAAACAGCCAACAGGACCUUGUGUUUUUAAAAAAUCUACUCAGUACACCUUAUCUUAAGUGUGUAUCAGAUAGUGUUAUUAUUGUAAGAGCACAUGUAAAGCUUGUGUUCUAGGCUGGUUUAAGGCUUCAGCAAAUCCUUAAACUCUUCAGUAUUUCUGUUACAAGAAGUUUUUAGCACCAAUUUGGAGACACUGAACUUGGUGUUUAAUGAACUCUACAUCACAUUGGUUAAUGUUCUUCAAGGCUAGUCUUCUUUAUUUCCGUUUUCCUGACCUCAAAACUCAAAAAGUGACUCACUCUUGGAUUAGAGACCGUGUACGAGCCUUUUCUUUGCUGCUACAAGAUCAUUCCUCCUCAUGGGCUCAAAAAUUCCAAAUUCAGAGGCUGCAUGUCGUCUUGACCAAACCAGAUCGGUGUCGACAAGAAUGAUAAUGAAUUAUCCGACGUGUUCCUCUUUGUUUCGGUAAACCAGAAAUCAAAGCAUGAUGGUUUUUUUGCAUGAGGAUAAAUAAUCUGUAUACUUGAAGUUUGUAAUCAGCACUCGCUCUGUACAAUCAAGCAGAAACAGAGGGGCUUUUGAAUGCUGUUACCAGUAUUUCCAUUGAAAUCAGCAGGUUUUUAUGGAUCAUGUAAAUGUUUUUUUGUUUCUUUAGGAAUUCUCAUCCUCCAUCUUGCAUGCAUAUUUUUGUAUAAUUUCAGAAACAUGUUGUUAAUCCCAUGUGAUUGUUAUGUUUUAAGUUCUUCUCCACAUGUCUUUAUUGAUGUUGAUUUGACUCUGAAUGUCCUGAACGGAAUAUGGAUUUAAAAGUGAUCACUACCAUUACAACUCACUGAGCUUGGAACUGGAUGCUUCUCUAAAAUUGUGGUCAGAUUUGAGACAUGAGUUUCAGCUUGAUUUGAAACUGUAAUUUAACAGUUAAAGGAUUCUGAAAAUUCACAAGUGAGGGGAUUGUUGUUAAACCCCCAAUAAAAACCACCCAAAACACCGAGCAGAUGAAGUCAUACAGCUCCAAGCUCAUGACUGUCAGAUUUCUUUGUUUUUCUUCGUCACAUGGUUGUUAUUCUGUCUGUAACGUCUCCAUGAACCUCAUGAUCUGCCCUGUCUGCCUGGAACAAACUGGUGUGACCUGUUAUUCCUCCACUAUUCUGAGCUGAUAGUGAAAGGGCAGACAUGACAGCGAAAGUGGUUAUAAGAAAUUUUUUAGCAUGUUUGUCCCUUGUACGAAAUUAAAUAAAAUAAUGUAAUCUUAUUCGCCUGUUCCCAUAACUGUUUUUUUACUGCACCCACUAUCUUUCAAGAGUUUAUACACUCUACUUUUUACAUAUGUCAUUAAAAAAAAGGUGCAUUUUUCCUUUUUUUUUUUUUUUUUUGUCAAAUACACUCAUAAGAUUCAAUCUGAAGAGUUUUCUUACAGCUAAAAGGAAAAUAUCUUAAACGAAACAGAAAAUAAACUUGAAAGCCGAUUAUUUGUUGCUCACCGACAGCUGGAACGCUCAUCGACGGUGCGCCUUCAUCACUGACCAAUCAAGAUGAAGGAGGGGCGGGACUUCAGACAGAAACUGCACAAACCUUUACGACGGAAACCCGCACGGACGAGGAAUUAAUUAGCGUUAUUGAUUAUAAUUCCAACUUUAGAGCUAAUGGCACGACACCAAUCAUGCGAUAUACUCUUUUUAAAAGUUAAAUAUAUAAUUUGAAGUGCCGUUUAAUCGAAUAAACAAGACUAGGCAACUUUAAACGCAUUUAACGGUCGAUGCUAAGGAGCGGAAGUGACAACAUUCGUAACCUAGCGAGAGUACGCAAAAACAGGUUUACGGAAUACGGGUCCCAAGGUCCAGAGUCAAAGUCUUAAAGGAUAUGCGAAGUUGUUUUGUGCUUCAUUCCUCCUUGUCAUGUUAUAUAACAGGACUGUCGGCAACAAGCUUUUCCGGUUUUACCGCAUUUUGCACCUCAAGCUAAAAGAAAUAAACUUUUCAGGUUGUUUUCCUGCAUGUAUGCUAACACAGGAACCCACUGAACUUAGUCCAACAAAGGACGAACACACCCUUAUUUAUAAUUUAGAUGAGAAGGAGCCCGGCUGUAACAUCACUUUGUUUUGUUUUGCUGCAUGAACUGAAGAACCUGCAUUACUGUAGCUCUACAUCUGUUUGUAUAGUCACUCAUUUUCCUCAUGCGCCAGUCUGUUACUAAAGCUUCAAACCCUCUUUUUUUAAUGUUUUCCUUCAGAUUUCAAUCUAUCUAGCCUGCUAUCAUUGGGAAAACCCCUGCUAAUGUAUUUCCAUGGGUUUUAAAACACUGUAUUUAAGCAGAGACUCUCUUACUGACCUGUAUCGGUGCGUAGAAACAGGUUAACGUCUGCUCUCAUGUCAUCACAUGUUCAGUAUUUCUGUUUUCAACUGCCCAAGUUUUGCUUGUAGGAAAUGAUUCAUUCCUGUUUGAUGGUAAGUCUUCAUGGAUGCAGGGGUCUCUGUGUUUUUGUGAUGAUACUUGUGUUACCGUGUGUUGGAUUGAUGUUUUAAUUGGGUAGUUGUAGCUCUGUGUGUCGUGGUAAUCGGCUGAAGGGGAUUCUGUUUGUUGACUAAAUGAUAACGAUUUCUCCAACUUCACAAGAAGACAAAACCAACACAGAGUUGAUCCUGAUAACAUCUUAAUGUGUGUCCUCUUCCUAUAGAAACCUAGGAGUAACUCAUUAUUGUGGCAUUUUUAUAGUCAUCAGAUAGUAUCUAACAAAUGCUCUGAUUGCUUCAGUUUGAGUGACUUUUACUAAACACUUUUUUUUGAGACUUCUUCAAACAUACCGGUAAAACUGCCUUGAAUAGAAACAAAUGUGUGUGGGAUUGUCUUGAGGUAUUAAUAGACUAUCAUGUGUUGGUUUUGUGGUUUUCUUGGUAUUACCCAAUCAUCCAUUAGUCUUAAAAUUCCACUCAAAUAUAACAACAAGAAGCAAAUACGACUGAAACUGAAUCCCCCUCAGUGCUGCUGAAAAAUUGAGUUUAAAAUGAAAAUGUGAAAGUCUAUAGUCCUACUGCAAAUGUUCUCUUUCUGUGUGUGUGUGUGUGUGUCUGUCUGCAGGUCAGGUCUGUUAUAAACCUGCUGUUUGCAGCCUACACAGGAGACGUGUCUGCACUGAGGAGGUGAGCACGUCACACUCAUUUCUUCUUCCAUUCGCUCACUGACAGUUUAACAAAUAAUUCAAUUCAGUAUCCUGCUCACUCAGACACUUAUCCUGUCUUAACCCUUCAGCUGAUCGACUGUAAACUCUGUGUUUGCAGGUUCGCACUGUCUUCUGUUGACAUGGAGCAGAAAGAUUACGACUCCAGGACGGCUCUCCAUGUGGCGUCUGCUGAAGGUAAAAUCAAACCUGCUCCGACUGUCUUAUAAUGUUUGACCCUUUACUUCAUACUGACUCCUGUGAUAUAUACUCCAGGCUCCGAGUAUCUAUAUGUCAGUUUAAAAAUAAUGUAACUCUGUCAUCUGAUUCCCCCUCUGUCACUAUGUCAGGACUCUUGGACUUUACUGUAGAAGUUUAUUUUUAUUCUGAACGUGCUCUUUCAGGACACACUGAGGUGGUGCGCUUUCUUCUGGAGGCCUGCAAGGUGAACCCCGUACCCACAGACAGGUGAGUCCAGACUGAGUUAAAGGGAUAAUCCGGAGUAAAAUUAAUUUAGGGUCAGACACACCGUAACACCGAGUUAGACCCCCCCGCCAGAGAUGAAUGUUGCCGACCGCUUGCUUCUCUAGUUAUACCAACUUUAGUAACGACCUCAGGAUAGCAAUACACAGCGGUCUGAGGAGCCAUAAACAAACCUCAACCAAAACGCCACCAAAGUUGAGAAAUCAGCUCUAAAGACCAGAAUCAUAUGAUGCACUCUGCUGUAAACAUGUUAAAUUCUACUGUAAAUGCUGACUUAAUCAGACUUAACUCUGGCUUUCGUUGCCUCCAGUGGACACAUGAAGAACUGCAUGUUUUUUCACUUUUACAUUGGUUUUGUUUUUCUGGACUGUAGGAUGCAACUUGUGGUUUGUUCAUAGACUGUAUGUAGAACAGACGCAGUCUGCCUCCUCGCUGGGUGAAGACAUUCCGAGAACAGCACCCUCUGGUGGCUGGCUGCAGUAUAGGUCAUAAAUCCCGCCUCCGCCAGCAAAGCUUAUGGGACUGUGGACAAACUUUAGAAAUUUAUUACACAGAACAUACAUUUUUCUCCCCCCUGCUUGGGACGUUGACAUGUAGUUACUGUCAGACUGGUUUGUGCUCAAGUCCUCUUUUUUUCUGUACUAUGGACGUACAAAGAUUGCGUAGCUCACCGGGGGUAUACGCUGUUUGAGCCGAGCGUCAUCACAGCGACUCUCGGCGACUCUCCCGUGGAAUGCCUACAACGCUACUGUGCAAUGUUGGUUUCAGGAAAUGGAGAAAAAACGCAGAAAUACUGAGAGCUUUUCGGCUUCUAAUCCGUAUACAGGCGGGAGGCGGAGCCAAGUUGUCCAUGGUAUAUACAGUCUAUGAAUUUGUUACCUUCAGUCUGUGCUUGUGGUGUAAUUUCUCUUCACUACUUUUCUUUACGUUUGUCCUCAUCAGUAUGUGGAGAACAGGAGGCUUUAUCUGCAGCCUGACUGCUUUGCAUAUUUCUAGUCUGUGAUGCAGCAGUGUGUUUUCUCCGCACAGAUGGGGGAACACGCCGAUGGAUGAAGCCGUGCAGUUCGGUCACCACGACGUUGUCACCAUCCUGCAGCAGUACCAAGACAAAUACAGCCCGGCGUCUGGAGCUGACGAGAAAGAGAGCGCUGAGAAGAGUCUGGACAGCCUGCUGUAAACCUGCAGUAUCUCUCUGUUUGUUAUCCCACAGUGGAGCCAUCGAGCGCUUCUCUGGAACUGAUCUGUACAUAUUUGACCAAACUGUCUGAAAUGUUGGGGGGAUUUUACUGCCUGCUGUUGCUUUGCUUUGUCGCUGUACAUCACCGCUCCGCUUCAUCGCUGUACUCCUCCUCUGUUGUACGUUUGAGUGAGCACCUUAUCAAUACCCUUCAAAGAAAUUAUACUCUAUAUGCUAUCUGUAAUACAUGUUUACAGUAAAAAAAUCAUGUAAUCUGUGGGGACUGUGUGUCACAUGGUGGUAUCCAGGAUGUAGACCGUAUCCAAGUGUGCUAGUUUAGUUACGUCACAGUUUUUAUGUUAUCCUCUGCCUGGUUAUAUUCGCAUAAUGGAAACUUCUGUUAGUUUAGUGCGUCAGUGAGGUGCGUGGACAUUAUGCUAUAAACUUUAUAAUGUGUCUCUGAUUGUGUAGAUGUGUAUACUCUCACAGGCUCUGCUGCAGUUUAACGCCUGUGCGACCUCCACGCUCACGCAUCUGUUCUCAAACUUUGCUUGCGAGGUCUUCAAGCAGGUUUUACAAAGCUUCACUUUUCAGGUGGGAAAAGUUUUUGACAGAUUGUACUCCAAAUGUAUUUUUCAGUGGAAAUAUUUGCAACAGAAGCAGAUUGUAUUUAUUCACAGAGACUUUUUAGAGCGUGAAACUCGUCUAUAUUGUGCUAGCUGAUGCUUCGGGACAAAUGCGAGCCGUUUCCUUUGGUUUCUGUCAUCAUAGUUACAUUUUUAUUUACAGGUUUUGUUAAAAAUAUAAUGUUGGAAAUGUUCAGCAUGCAGGGCCCAGUAAUCAAACCCAGUUUUCUCAGACUUUCGAACAGUGCCGCUCAAAAAUAAGUAAAGAAACUGGAUACAGUCGGGUUAUUUAAUUUUAAUUAUAAAAUAUGAUAUCCAGACUUUUUAGUCGGAUUCAUCCAAAAAGUUAAAAUCAUCCUAUUCCAGCAGAGGGCUGGAUUACAGGACAGAACAUGAUAAAACAUGUAAAAGUGGUCACCAGUUUGAAGGUUUUUAAAUAUUGUACCCUUGAAUACUAAAUUGAUACGAUGAUCAAGUUAAUCCUAAAGAAUUUACAGGGUGUAAAAGGCCAACCCAAUAAUAAAAAUGUUUUUGACCACUAUGUUAAAGGUGGGGUAGGCAGGAAUCUGUUAAAGAAACAACUUUUUUUGUGGUGUAUUUACAAAAAGCUUUUAAUAUCAGUCAAUAGUUAUCAGUUAUUGAUGACAUUUGGGAAUAUUGUGGUAUCACUGUGUUCUGUUAUGUCUGUGUAGUCAACAUUUUAACAUUUUGAGCGCUCCGCUCAUUCUGACUGUAAACAAAGCCAUUCCCCGCCUCCCCUGACCUGAUUGGUUGUGAGGCAGACGCUGCUCCCCCGUGUCGUUCAGGAACCCAAACAAAGUUAGCGUGCUACAAUAUCGGACAGUAGAAACCAACCAGAAAGUUCGGAAAAUUGUCUGAAUCCUCCUUUGGCCACGACUGCCAACACAAGCAAGAAAACGAAGUAAAUAGCGGACCAGGGGUGGGCAAUCAUCACUCCACCAGGUGAUUUCACUGAUUGGUCCUUGCUCUCUGAUUGGAGGUAAAUCAGUGAAAUCACCUGGUGGAGUUUUGGGUUGGAAAGAAAACCUGCAGCCUCUCGGCCCUCCAUGGCACUUGAUUGCCCACCCCUGCCAGAGACCCUGUAACCUUUCUGCUGGACAGGUAAACCGCUUUAACAAAGUAAGACAAGUGUCUGUAACAGAAGUGUUUCUUGUCAAACGGACCUGCUGUAGCGUGUUGUAGCGCCAUCGCUAAACUGUCCUCCCUCGGGUCCUGGACUAUGCCACUUUAUCCUAGUUGUAGAAGUCCUGCAAACAUUGUGUUUGCUGGUAGUCUGUUGGCGUCUAAUGUAGCACCAAUGCUUUUGACUUUCACCUUGACUGGGCCCCAUUUGUAAUGAUCUAAUUUAAUUGGAACGAUACGAGCGAGCAGGAGCGUCUGUUUGUGGGCGGGGCUUGCUGGAGCAGAGAGGGAGGGGAGAGGAGGAGCUGAGGGGAAAACUGGUUUGGAGGGGUAGAGUUUACAUUCAAGAUUUCUCCUAAAAACUGGAACUUCUUGAGAUCCUGCCUACCCCACCUUUAAGGUAAAUUAGAAAAACAGAGUCAGGGUUAGCAGAGGGUCCACUUCAGCCCCUCAGACCCCGGGUCCAGGACAACUGACCCGGUCGCCCGUAUUUGGUAAAGGCCUUUUUGCUUUUGCAUAGUUAUCCAUUAAAGAGCAGCAUAAUAAACCAUAAAUAAAGUAUAUAAUUUAAAAUAACUGCAAAGAAAGUCCACAGGGGGCGCCAAAAUUCACUCUAUAGAGUAUGAAGUGCAUAACAGAUUUGGCAUUUUCAAAUCUGGUUUAUUUUCACCUCCAUAAAAAACAUUUUUCCCACAAAUGAUUUCCAAUCUCAUGUCAGGGACCGUAAUUCAGUCAAUCUAUCAGAUAAAUAUGUCACUUAAAACCAAGAGAAACAGUGUAUAUGAACAUUGUCCCCUAUCAGCUGAGUUUAUAUCUUAAUUUUCCCUCUCCAGAAUAAUCCAACAGCACAAAGAAAAUGUAUGACAGCAGCCCUGGACUUGUGCAAUAAUUCCCUUUACUCCAGAGAUGUGUCUCUGAAUGUAUUUCCACACAGAUCUAAUCCAAAGCAAAAAUGAAGAAUGUAACGUGUAUUUUCUCCUGUGUUUAGUAAAAAAUAAUAAGUCUAUGUCCUGAAUAUAGAUAAUUUAUCAUAGAUGUAGCUGUAACUAAAAGUUGAUCCACUAUAAGGUGUGAAGUUUUGCUGAAAUUUUCCAAAAGUGUGAGUUUCUCAUCGGUCACUGUUUCAUUUCUCCUGUUUUCUCAGCCCCAGUUUAUGCUUCAUGUUUAAUAAUUUAAUCUCUGCACUUUUUUUUUUUUUUUACUGCAUGCAUCAAAAAGAGUCAGUCUAAGAAUUCAGGGACAGUCGCCGACUUCAUGAUGGACCAAAGAUGCAAACUGGAUGAGUCACUCCUUUGCUAUCUGCACUUCUUACGGCCUCCAUGUUGUUUGUAAUCAGAAGGUUGGUGUCAAAUGUGUGUUUGCUUUAAAACCACCAGCUGUUCGAGGUAAAGAUAACCUAAUCUCAAACUUUUGCUUUAGGGUUAAAAAAGAUAAAGAAAAAACAAACACUAUAAAGAAGAGGUCAUAACUAAAGCAAACUUUGCUGUCAGACAAUAACAAUCUCUAAUGUGCAAGUUUUGUUGUGUUCUGUAUUUGAGGCAAUAUUUUACUAAAUAAACUCAAAUAAACAAAAACAGAGACAUGUCUGCUGUUCCUUUAAAUCAUAACAUGGUUGUUGUUGUAAUGUUCACUUUAGAUCGGUCUGUUUGUGCGCUGAUGUGACAGCGGGGGUCACAAAUCUGGCACCUAAAGACUGAAAAGUUUGGAAACCCUGAAGACAAAUGAGAAGGUUUCUUAUUAUGAAAAAUAACUUUUAUUUAAAGUUUGGUUGUGACACGAUUUCAUAGAUGAGCAGUAGAAAAAUUGGUUCAACACAGAAGACUCAGAGCUGCUUUUACAAAAAUAUAAAACAAAUUAUUAAGUAUGAUUAAAACCCUUUUUAUACUGCAAAACCAUCCUGCAGAACUGUCAUACCGGUGCUUCACACAGACUGAGACACACUUUGACAUCUCUGUGACCUCCUCAGACUGCAGCACAGCAGAAAUAUUAACACCGAGAGAGGAUAAAUAUCAGGUCAAUAUGAAAAAGGCUUCAGAGAGACGAGAGGAGCAGCAUUUACAGAGAUCAGGAGUUCAUGUCUCAUGUUUAUGACAUGAUGUUAGGCACUGAACUUUCUCCAACACACAUUCAGAAUUCACUGAAACAAAACUGAUAUAAAAUUUAAAUUAGUCUCUAUGAUACAAACGAAAAACCACAAAGCAGUUUGAGUUAAUGAACUUCCUCCAGCAGUCCCUCAGUCGUCCACGAUGCUCAGCAGGCCGUUCAGCGUCAGACUGCAGGCCAGCUCUUCCUCUUUGCCCGCCGAAAUCUGGCGCUGUAAUUCCCUCAGCCGCCAUGUCAACGAUACGGGCGGGGUUUUAGGCCAGUCUGCUCUCUCCGACAGAUCAUCAUCAUCGUCAUCCUCAGGCUCUGGCUGCUGGAGGAGCAAAAUGAUAAAAACUUAUGAUUGCUGGAAUUCUAGGUCACAGCAUUUAGAUAUUAUUGAUUAUGAAUUACUGUCGUCUGCAGCUGAGUAAAUAAAAUCACAUCAGGGUGAUCACUUCAGAAUCACGUAGAAUUCAUUUUCUUGUAUCUUCAUUUUUAUGCAGAGAAAGUUACAGACAGUAACUCCAGUUUUCAACUUCACGAAGACAACAGGUGCACUGAGUGGGCUGUGGGUUACCUGUGUGGGUGUGGAGUCUUGAGUUCUGGAUGUGGACAGGUGUCUUAUGGUGGGCAUGGUCAGCAGGGUGGAAGACGGGAUGAAGAGCGGUGUGGAUAAUUGUUCCACAGGGUCUCCAUCCAGCCAACGCUGAAGCUGCUCCAUACUUCUGUGGACAGAGUUAAAGUUUUGAUUCGAUUACAGACAUAAAAGUUCCUGGACUGAUGUAAGUUAAGUCCUCUCUUGCUGACAGUCUCCACAUGUAACAGGAUGCACGGCACGUGAGCAGCUGCAGCCAAACUCAGCAACAUUUCCCGGCUAAAUUAAACUCAGCUGAGUCUCUACAAACUCUGGGAAGUCUCCUCACCAUCACAUCCUCAACACUUAUUUUAGGAGACCACUGACCGGCUGUUUGUCACAGAUGACCUUAAACUAUGAAACUAAAAUAGGUUCCAGUCCUUUCAUUCAUGAUUGAUCAGAGACAAACUUCUCUUUUUCUGCUUUUUCUGUUUCCUUUAAAGGUUCAAUCAUGAACUUCUGAUGCGACUAAACGUCUUUAAGUUCUGUCUGUACCUUUUGCUCUCUGCCGUCUCCUCCUUUAAGCUCUUCCGGAAUCUGUGGACCUUCAGCUCCUGUGAUGACGGGGUGUGUGUGAUGUCCAGCGGGGUCAUCGAGUCCUCCCGAGGGCCCGGAAAACUGUGGAACAAAUUCUUCCUCAGAGACAGACUGGAGGGGGGAGAGUAGGCGGCUGCGCUCGCUCUGGAGACGAAGAGAAAACGUAAGAAAGAGUUUUAAUAUGACUAAGUUUUUUAAAAGGUCUGAAAACCACAAACACCUCCAGAGAUGACAAGUCCGACCUCAUCUCUUAGUACUGAACGUCACUUUGAAAGUGAACAGUGUGAUGUAGAUUUGUGUUUCUAGUUCAGGAGGAAUUCCCCCGAGUUUGAAGAUGAGUUAAGAGGCGUCGGUAUGAAACUCGAUGAGAAACUAGUUUAAGAAGAUCAGUCUAGACAUCUGUAAAGACUGACUUGACUAUCUCAUCUCAACACUUGUCUGGUUUUGGUUUUAUUUUAUAUUUUCUACGCUUUCUCAUAAAAAUGUCCUUAAAAUAAACUCAUUUACUCCUAAGAUAUCUGCUUUGCUACAUUAGAGAAGACGCUGCUUGACUGAAGAAUUAAAACUGCAAACUGAACUGAGUUAAUCAUUUCUACUAAUUUAAGGUUUUUCUUACUCCUCCCUCUCCUGGUGUUUCUCUCUGUGGGUUCGUCGGACCGCCUGGGUCCACUCUUCAGGAGGUUGGAAACGGUUCAAAGACUCUGUUUGGAAGUAAACCAGGACCUCUCCGUGCUCUGUUACUGCAUCUACAACAAGAAAACAAAACAAACAUUUACAUUUUAAAGCCGAACACCGUCUGUAGUCCAGAUCAGUGUCAGUUUGACCCGCAGAGUCCUCACCCUCACAGACUGGCGGUCUGGGAAAGUGCCAGUCCUUCAGUUUGUGGUCGAUGCAAAUCACCAGCACGUCGUCCCAGGGGAUAUUAAUGGAUCCAGGGGUUUGGUGACCCUUCAGCCUGACCCUUUCCAGAAGGUUCUCCAGGCGGGACAUCAGGAGGGGCUGACUGCGGGGGGAGACGGGAACCUGAGCAGUGUAGAGGAAGAUGGAGGAGCAGAUCUCAGACCAGGAAUCUGGAGAGAGAAGAAGAGACGAUUAAAGAGUGAGAAGAGGUUCAUGAUUAUUUUUAACCAGCCUGCUGUUUGUUAUUAUACCCUCCUUCAGAACCAGCUAUGUUUGACUUCCCAACCGGGUCUCCUGUUCAUUCACUCCCUGACGUCUGUGUCACUGACCUGCAGCAGACGGCGUCUCCCACUGCGGCAGCUGCAGGCUGAGGAUGGCGUCACGCAGCCAGCUGAGGUGCGGUGCAGAGUUCCAGCACAGAUGAGGCACGAAGUCUCUGUUUUCCGGCAGGCAGAACUCACAUGGCGGCCACGAUAGCCUGCUGAGCUCCUGAGACGACACUCUGUCUGCGACGUGAGCCAGGACGGCGUUGUACAGCUGGAUGACCGGCGCAGGUUCCUGAGGGGGGAGGUGCGCGGCGGCUCGCUCCUGCCGCUGGGCGAAAACUCUGGGACCGAACUCCCGACUCAGGCUGGCCUCGACGAGCUGCACCAGGGACUGACAGGAGAGGGGGAAGAGUGGGGGGGCUCGAGCCAGCAGCCAACGGACGGCACGGCUGAGCUGAGGACAGAAGGAGGUCAGAGGAAGGAGGUCAGAGAGAGUUCAUAUGAGAAAUAUUUGACAACUUCUAAACAGUAAAUGAAGAGCAGACUUCCCACAGCCCUUCACAGAUUUAUUGAUCUAUUAACCAUGAUCACUGAGGACCAGAGAGAAGUGUCUCUCUUUACUCUCUGAAUGUUUUAUCUGAAUCUAUUUGAAGUGCUGAGAUAAAAUAAUUCAGAGGAGAGCGAGCGGAGAGAGUAGAGACCAGAAUGAAGCUCAAAUAUGAACUCUGGAUUCUUCGCUUGUUUGUAAAAGUUUUAAAUGUUUGACAGAGACGACGGGGUUUUCUGAGGUGUAAGUGUCACUGCAUGGAAAUGUAAAGGUACCUGUCUGGAUCCCUGAAGGUCACUGGUGGUCUCUGGUAUGAAGAUGAACGUGUACUCUGAGAUCACGCCUUCUUCUACGAGCGUGUGAAGCAUCAGGGCUGAGGGACAAACAGAGAUUUUACGUUUAUACACCAAACUUUAAAACUUUAAAACUCAGAUAUCUAAACCGCAGCUUUCUUUACCUUCCUCCAGUUUCUGAGUGUGUCCGUCGCCUCUGUCGGGUCCAGGCACCAGUAUGACCAGAGGCAGCGGGCAGUGCCAUGUGCUGACCUGCUGAAGCUGUUUGAGCUGCAGCAGAGCAGACAGCAGAGGGACAUCCUGCUCGUCCUGACCGGGGUCCAUGACGGGGAUGGCGGGGAGCAGCGUGAUCAGAGCUCCUGCCCCGUGCAGCUCGCAGCACUCCUCCACUUUGGAGAGACAGUCUUCGCUCAGAGGACCUCGAGACGCCUGGAGGACAGAGUGAUAACGUCAGAUUCGUCUUUUCAUGAUACUGACAGCAAACAUCUCUAGAGGCUGCAGCGUGAUCCCACCUUGACGCUGAUGUGGACUUUGUGCGUUUGUUGGUCGUGAUCCUGGAGUGUGUUCAUGACACAGAGGGUCUGCAGGGCGUCGCCUGGCUGCUCCUCGCCGGUCUCUGACAUCUUCCCUCCGCUGAGCUUCACCUCCAGCCAAUCUGACAGGAUCCUGUGGACGACAGACAGAAGAUGACUCACUCUUUCCAAAAGGAGAGGAUGAUUGAUAAAACGUUAACGCUGCUCACCUGUCGGCCUCGCUGGCGACACUCUCGUGAUCACUCGGCAGGAGGAGAACGGCUUUCCAGAAGAUGCGUUCUGGUGGGUUUGGGAUGUUUUGUGUCACCAGGGCUGGCAGGUCGAGUGGCGCCCAAACUGCCUCACUGAGUGGGAAAAAAAACAGCAUCAAAACUUUGUUCUUCCUUUGAGAUGAAACACCGUCUCAUGAAAACAGACUGUGGUGUCUUACUCCUGCAGCAGCUGGUAGAAGUAGUGGACUCUCAUCUGGUGGAUCGCUUCUUGCCUCGUUUUCAACAACCUGCAGAAAAUACAGACAGACAUGUUUGAUACUCGAUCCUAUCUUGAAUAAAUCUUCAUGUUCACUCAGAUCGAACCGUGACAAAGAUGGAGAUACCUGGUGCUGGAGAUAGCCAGGGUGCCGGCGUUGCCCAGGUUGACGACACCGCGGACCAGAUCGGCCAUAGAGGGCUUUGCAGGGGCACUGGGGGCCAGAGCCUUGAGUUUGAACUGAGGGUCCACAAAGCAGGGAGCGGCAGGGAAACCCCGCAUCUGUCUCUUCAGCUGACGACGAACCGCCACCACGUCUCGCCACCUUUGGAGAAGAAAAGGUUAAAUCUAAAGAGGACACGUAAACAGAGUAAACAUGAUAAUUCUCAGACUUUCCUGUUUUACUUUUCUCACCUCUUGAUGUAUUUGUGGAUGCGCUGCAGCUCGACCUCCAGGAUGUCUUCCACCAACAGAGAAAUGUCUGCACUCAAAGUCUCCUCCACCAGACUGCUGCAGACCUCCUCGGUGCAUUUAGCCACACGGUCUGCUUUCUCGUUCACUGCUUGUCUGAAAACAAGAAGAACAUCUGAAGUCAGUGAAACUCUUUAAGACCACUCUAUUAUAAAGAACUUUGACUCCCUGGGUUAUUCAUAUUAGACCAGACUAGACUUGGGGUUGAGUUUGAGAGUCUUACUGGAUCUCAGAGGAGGAGGUCUCCUUGAUGGUCUCAUCCAGGACUUCAUGGAUGAGCUCUGUGCAGAGAGAGGAGCUGUACUGAAGCAGGAAGGCCUCGUGCUCAUGUCUCCUCCUACAACAAGACAAAGAAAAAGAAACAAGAAGUGAGUUUGGUUGGUGAGUCGUUUGUCUGUUAUUAAAUCUGGAUUAUAAAAAUGUUCAAGCAAAAUAAUCCAGACUAACCUGGCUUCUUCAAGCUUUCGUUUCUCUUCGGCCACGUGCUCCUCCUCCUGCUUGAUCUCUGCGGAGGACAUCUCCUGCAGCAUCUGCUCCAUCACCUCACCCACCAGAGACUCCACCUGCACACUGCUCUCCCUGCAAAAGAAGAGGAGGUGAAAGGACUGCCAGAGUUUGCUUUCGUUCAUGCUAACUCCUGCCACUGUCCUGUUUCUGUGAACUUCAUAACUCAGGUGUGCAAAAAAAAGGAAAAAGGAAAAAAAGGGGAACAUGAAAUAAACUCGGGGAUACUCUCAUGAAAUGAAGGUGAGGCUUGGAUCUUACACAAGAGCUGUUGUGGCAUAGCUGGCACCGGCGUCGGCAACCUCCCUCGCUCCUGCUGCAACCACCUCUUCAAUCACGCAGUCCAGCACGGCCAUGAUGUCCUGAGAGAGGAGAACAAGAGCUGCUCAGUGACUGUCGAGUGAGAGCUUGGAGAAAAGUUCAGUUAGUCAACGCUUUUGACUUCUUUUUAAGUUAUGUGUUUCAUAAAAUGUGAUCAAACAUUAAAACUGAUGAACUUCUGCUUCUUCUAGACUCAUCUGUGGUUGGUCCAGUUUGAGGAUGGUACGGUUAUUCUCAUAGUUCUUCAGACAGCGAUAAAAACACAGAUCAGGGUAAAAGGAGAUGUUGCUCACCUCAUUGUUGUACACAGGCUUCGGUUUGGGUGGAGGUGAUGGAGGUUUGACAGGCUGAGGUUGAGCUAUUGGCUGGAAAAGCUGCUGAGUGUCUGCUGGUCGUGCCGGGCUGUGGUAAGGUUGGUUCUGCUCUCCAGUCUCAUCUGUAACAGCAGGAGGUAACCCAAACGCAGAGGGCAGGUCCGAACCCUGAGCCGGCGUGAUCUGUGUCACUAACUCUACGCUGGGAGGAGUUUUAACUUCCAACGCUGGAGCGAGAGCUGAGGAGAUAAAGAGAGGACGGUUCUGGUUCUGCACUGAGAGAAUAAAACCCAGAACUUAGAGAAAUGGACCCAGUACCUCUAAACUGGCUGGUAGCGGGCUCAGCCUGGGGGCCCUCACCACGAUACUUGUUAUUGGAGUCGAAGCUGAGGACGGGGGUGUGCAGAGGAGGACUCGGGAGGGGGCCUCCGUUCACCACCUCUCCAAUCAGCACGUUUUUCUUCGCCAGGAUGACCUCCGACUUCUUCUGGGACAGAGGCAGGUCUGGCUCCUGAUAGGACGUGCGGCUCAGCUCCACCAUACUGUGAACGAAGCGGUUUGAACAUUUAUAACAGAGAAGAAAAAAAAUCAUCUCCAGUCAGAAAUUCUUCUUCUUCUUCAUCAACUAAAUGUUCUCAGGUUUGUAUCGAUCAGACUACCAGCAGUUACUCACCCAUCGAGGACGUUGAGGCCGUACUGCUGGAUGAAGUCAGUCGCCUCUUCGGCGUUCUGAAACAUCAACAUUCGCACCACGUCGUCGACUGGGAACGCAGUCGAGCGUGGACCGAUGGUGUGCGCCAUGUUCAAGGUCUUCAAGGCCUUCGUUCUGACCUGCACACAAACACAAACACCAACAUUUCAGUCUUGACCUGCUCUGUUGGAUCAUAUUUCCACAUAUUGUUCACACAGUAGUUUAGUUACAACAGCUGUCCGUGUUUUUAACAUGUUUGAGAACACAUCAUGCUCUAUUAAGAGGGUUUUUCAUCAGUUACUAACCUGGUUGAAGUAUCUGUGUAGGAGACAGCUGGCGAGGUAUGAAGCACCUUUUACCAGCUUGAAGAAGCGCACAAAGUUGUUGCUGUUGACGGCGGUGAACGCCUGCACGGCAAACUUCACCUCGGGGGACCUACGCACCUCGUCUCGAAACUGCUGAACUUCACUGCAAGGACAAGAAAACAACAUUCACACCUUAAACAUGUGACAGUAUUUUAACCAACAUAUUGAAUCAUGUGUGUUUAAGUUGACCGACCGUAGGAUGUCACCGUCGUUGAGUUUGAGCAGCACGUUGUACUGACGAAACUCCGCCUCUCUGGUGCAGUAGACCUGGUCGGCGGCCAAGUCCUGGUACAUUUCUUUGAGGCUCUGAAGACACUUGGUCAUGUUCUCGUUGUUGAUCUUUGCGUCGAAAGACGACAUGUGCUCCUCGCAGAGGUGGUGAGCGCAGUGCACGUGGAAGCGCGUGCACUUUUCAAUCAGCGACACGGUGUCGGGGCAGCAGAGGUGCUGCUGGGUGAUGUCCUGUGGGCGUGGAUCAGAGGAGAUUUUUACAAAAGUGAACUUACAGUCAAACUUCAGCAGCUCUUAAAAUGAAAUGUAGCGCAAUAUUUAGGGAAUUAAAACAAUGAAAUAUGUUUGUACAGUCGUUCUUAAUCCAGCAGGUAGAUUCAACUCAUGCGAGACAAUCAAAUCAACAACGUGGACACUCCUCAGCUCCUCCAAUAAUUACCUUACGGAUCCCCCUGGUCCUGUUCCAGACAAAGUCGUACCACUCUCUGUAGUUGUCCUCUCCCUGAUCCAUGAUCUGAGUCACCAGAUAAUCCAUAGUCAUGCUCAGUAUGGGCAGAGGGCGCAACUCAUGAGGCAGGGGCUCCUCCUGGUCGGCUGAUGAUCGACUGUACUCCUUGAUGGCUGCUUUGUGAUCCACCUAAGAAAGACCAAGAUACCAUCCUCAUACCAGUAUCCUACAAAUGCAGCUAUACAGUCAAACACAAUAGUAUCCUGUAUCCUUCAGCGUGAACGCAUUAUUACCGUUUCAGUGUCAGGGGUGACCUCAAAUAAGCUCAGCUGUUUCCGUGUCUCCCUCAUGUACCGCUCCUUCUCUGGACACAUGUCAGGACACGUCCCCACAAACACCUUGGACAGGACCAGGUCUGUCCUCUUGGGCCGACCUGUUCGGAUGUAAAACACUCACAGUUAAAAGUGUCUCUCAUGUUUGGAGGUGUUGGUUAAAGCAGAUUGACACCAGUCUGAGAGGCGGCUUAACCUUGACGGAGGAUCUUGUCUCUCUGCUCCAAGAAGCGGUACUUGUCCUCGGCGGUGUCAGCCACCUGGCCGAUGAGGUGGAGGAGGGACGAGGGGACCGGGCGCUCUGCACUCGAAGCCUCUGUGCUGCUCUCUUUUGGUGGUUCGGCGUCAAACUGCAGCGACUUUGCUAAGGACGACUUCUUCACCGGAGAGCUGUCAUGAAAACGUAAAGCAUUCAGAGGGUGUCCAACGGUUUACAUAUUUUCGAUAGCAAUAAUAUUUUAAAGUCAGUGAUGAAUAAAAAGCAUCUGUUACCCGCGGCUGAGUGAAGCCGAGCUGCUGACUGCUUGAGGUCUGAAUUCAGGUCUUCCGAACGAAAAUGAAGUAACCUUAGACGUAGUUUCCUCCUGACUUUCCACCUCUGCCUCCUCCUC